GAGACAGAGAGAGAGAGAGAAAGAGAGAAAGAAACAAGAGAGGGCGCGCGCUGACCGCGCGAGCAGACAAAACGAAAAGGAGGACGCAGCAACAGUGACGUGUGCCACCAUGUGCACGGCCCGAGCUGCUUGCCUGCUCAUCUGCCUGAUCCUGAGUGUGAUCGGCACUGCGGCAGGAUACAGCGAGGGCGGCGGUGCGGUGCAAAUCAUUGCUUCCACGCGCCUUGAGUAUGAUGGAAGCGCCUCCUCAAACGGAGGCUCCGGCCAUAGCGGCAGCGGUGGCGGUGCUGGUGGAAGCGUCUGGUUGGAAGCAGACUACCUCGAGGGCCACGGCAACACACAGGCUCGCGGCGGUAAUGGCGGCUACCACAGCUGCUACCUUUGCACACCAACUUACGGCGGCGGUGGUGGCGGUGGACGAGUCUUCACCUCCGCGUUCCAUGAAGCAAACAUUGACAUCCAACAGGGCUAUUCUGUCGCUGGCAGCCCAACCUAUGACGACGGCGACGACGGCUCGCAAUGCGUGAAUACCGCCUGCAGCGGCCACGGUAGCCUUGUUGCCGGCCAAUGCCAAUGCAACGCAGGCUGGGCUGGUCUGACAUGCUCCUUUCAAGACUUUUGCGAGGCCAGCAACGGCGCCCUCAACGCUGCGGGCGAGUGCGUGUGCAAUGCCGGCUGGUCCGGCUACCGCUGCGAGUACCAGUGCGAUCGUGACUCGACAUGCAGCGGCCACGGCGAGUGCAGCCCGCUGGGCCAGUGCGUGUGUGACCCGUGCUAUGGUGGCCAAAACUGCGAGCAGGGCUGGAUGGGCCCGGACUGCAACACGCCCUGCGUCCACGGCGUUCAAGACCCUCCCAACUCGGGCAUCUGCGUGUGCGACCCUGGCUGGACAGGCGAGAGCUGCAACCUCGAAUGCAACGGCCACGGCACCAUUGAUUCCGCCACCAAGACCUGCUCGUGCUCUGGCAACGGCGAGUGCAACGCCGCUGAAGCGAGGUGCGACUGUGAGCCCGGCUGGACGGGACCCGGCUGUGAGACGCCAGACUGCCCCGGCUCACCAAACUGCUUUGGUCGCGGGUUCUGCAACUACACGCUGCCAACACCGUUGUGCCAGGACUGCCGUGGCCCCUGGAUGGGCCCUGCCUGCAACGACCCGUGCGUCCACGGCGUCCAAGAUCCCCCAAACUCGGGCAUCUGCGUGUGCGAGCCCGGCUGGGCAGGUCGUGGCUGCGACGCAGAGUGCUCCAACCACGGCCGCAUUGUCAACGGCAAGUGCCAGUGCACGUUUGAGCUCGGUUACAAGGGCUCCCUGUGCGAGCGAGGCGUGCCGCUGGACUGCAGUGGCCACGGCGAGUGCAACGAAGCCCUGUUUGAGUGUACCUGUGAGCCCGGGUGGAAGGGCAUCGGCUGCGACACGCCAGACUGUCCCGAGGACUGCAAUGGCCGUGGCACGUGUCGCCCAGUCGUAUUAGAGGAUGGCACUGUCGAUGUGCGCUGCACCGGCUGUGCGGUUGGCUGGAUGGGCGAGGCCUGCGAUGAGCCCUGCAUCCACGGCCGCCAGGAGCCCAUGGACUCGGGCAUUUGCGUGUGCGAGCCGUGCUAUCACGGCGACGGCUGCGAGCUGCUGUGCAACGACUACGGCACCUGCGUGAACGGCACCUGCGAUUGCGGCACGUUCAACGGUGAGGGUUUCUGGGGCGAGUUCUGCCAGCGCCGAGGCUGCCCUGGCGUUGGCAUUGACUGCUCUGGGCGCGGCGACUGCCAGCCGAGCACCCAACAGUGCCUAUGCUACGCUGGCUGGCUGGGCGAUGGCUGCGACCAGCCGGACUGCAUUGGUGACCCCGACUGCUAUGGGCGCGGCACGUGCGAGGGCCUUCCCCGCGAGCAGCCGCGCUGCAUCGACUGCGACGAUGGCUGGAUGGGCAUUGACUGCAACGAGCCCUGCAUCAACGGCACGGAGACACCCAAGAACUCCGGCGUCUGCGUCUGCGAUGAGUGCUUCUCCGGUGCUGGCUGCGACAUCAUGUGCUCUGAUGCGACCUGCACCGUGCGCGACGGCAUGCUCAUUGAAACCUUUGAUGAGCACGUGUGGCAGUUCCCCGGCAUGUGCACCUACGUCGUCGCCAAGGACUGCGAGUCCGACGCGUUUGAGGUGCAGGCGACGCUUGCGGCCUGUGGUGACGGCUCUCAGCGGUGUGUCGUUGGCGUUGCGCUCCGCUCCUUCUCAGAAGAUCCUGUGUCGUUGUACUCAAGCCUGGCCAGUGCGGAUGAGGACUGGCAGGCGUACCUGGGCCCCGACGUGAUCCCCCACUUCCCCUUCACCACCAGCAACGAAGUCACGAUGUAUCGCCGCCUUUGGGGCUUUGAGAUUGUCUCUGCCCGGCUUGGGGUACGUGUGCUGUGGCGUGUGCCGGAUGGCGUGGUGUCUGUGCAGGCGAAUGGUGCGCAGUGGCGUGGGGGCGCAUUGUGCGGCCUCUGCGGCAACUUCAACGGCGUUGCGGGCGACGACACGCAGCUCAGCGUGACUGACACCAGCGAUGCCUACUUUUUCGGGGCGCGUCAGCUGGUUGGGUACUCGAGCCACCUGCUCAAGUUUGCCAACCGCACGUGCUCAGACCCCGAGUUCCCACCUGAUGCCUGCACCUCUUCCGGUGCCGCAGACACGGGCGAUGACAGCACCGCGUGCCAGCUCAUUUCCUCGCGCUUUGGGCUGUUCUCCCCCUGCCAUGUUGCCGUUGAUCCGCAACCGUUUUACGACGCGUGCGUGGCGGCGCCGUGCGAUUCCCAGGUCCCAUGCACAGCACUGCGCGCGUAUGAACAGGCCUGUGUUGACGCCGGCGUCCACCUGGACGGCAGCGUGCAGGACGCUUGUGGCGACUGCCUCGAUGCAACCGCGUUGCUGUCGCAGGCGACGUCCAGUGAUGCGUGGCAGGUGCAGACGUGCCGUGCAUGGAGUACGUGUCGGUACAGGUACCGUGGGCUCUUCAAGACGCUGGCCAGCUCGUCGGCUCAGUAUGCGUACCCCGUGUGCUUCUACCGCUUGUUGGGUGCCUGCGCCGAGCGCGUUGCGGAGGAUGCCGGCACAGACUUUAGCGUGGAGGCCAAGUUCUCCGAAGACAGCGCGGUGGUUGCCAUUGCCGUUCGGUUCCAGAACGACACAGUGGUGGUUGAGCCUGCAAGCAUGUUCUCCGCCCAGCAGCAACAACAGGCGGGCGCGGCUGUAACUGUGCAAGUGAACGGCAUGCCGGUCGUUGUGGGCUCGGGCGCGUACCUCGGCGCCACUCGCGGUAUCCGCACGCUCAUUUCAACGCUUGCAGGGGAGUUGUCGCUCGCUGUUCCUGCCCUGCCUCUGCGUGUGACCAUUUCCCGGUCGGACGUGGAGGUUAGCGGUCCGAGCGAGGGCGUGGGAAGCGCUUCUGGCAGCUGCGGUGCGUGCACCCUGACGCCGGCGCAGUUCACCAGCGCCAACCUGGCCUCGCACAUGGUGCCUGCCACCAACAACGCCAUUGGCGCGGAUGCGGCGUGCGAAACGGCGCCAGAGCCGCCGGUCACGCCCCGCGCUACCUGCGAGGGCGCUGCUGCCACGACUGUGGAAGCCGCGCAAACUUUCUGUCACGCGCUUUCAGACAAUGCCACGCUCGCCGCGCUCGCAUCUCAGUGCCCCACGACGACGCUUCAAGCGGCCGAGUUUCACGUGUCAUGCAUGGAGGCCUUCUGCAGCGCGAGCGACGCUGACGCCGGUGCUGAGGCUGCGUGUGAUGUCAUCUCCACCUUUGACCGCCAGUGCGGCGUGCAGCUGCCGACCGAGACCCGGGAUGUGUGUGGUGUGUGCUUUGGCGAUGGGUCAGGCUGCGAUGUGCAGGAUCCAACCGCCUUCCCUGGCGCAACGUGCUCCCUGUCUCCCACGAUUGAUGCCCUCACCACCUUUGAUGGCGCGACUCACGACUUCCUUGGCUCGUGCACGUAUGAGGCCGUGCGUGUCUCUCGCGUCGAGACACAAGUGACGACGGUCGAACAAACAGUUGGAAACACGACCACAUCGAAGAACGUCACGUCCGUGAGCUCAUCCAGCAUUGUUGUGCAGUUCCAGGAGGGCGGGCGCGGUCUCGCUGUGUCUGAUGAUUCGGGUGCUGUCGUUGAGCUGCGCGUGGGUGACGAUGGCGCCGUUGGUGUCUGGGUGAACGGAACGGCGCUGGACACCGGCGCUUCCACCUGGCCCAUGCGUGUCGGUGCCAGCGCUGGCUUUGGGCAGCUGGUGCUCACCUCGCCGACGGCGGUCACGCUGCUUCAUGGCCUCGUCAAGGGACGCAUCUCUGCACAAACUGGCUGGUCACUGUCCGUGCACAGGGACAUUGUUCGCAUGGACACCAACGUGCUGUUGCAUGCUGGAGACUCACUUCUCAACAGCCCUGGUCCAAGGACCUCGGUGAGCCUCAACGUGACUGGAUUGUGCACUGCGAGCGAGCUCGCGGGCGAUGGUGAUCUCCCACAAAGCGUCGUGGCCAGCCAGCAGCGUUUGGGUGACAGCGUGCUGUUCCAGCAGACGACGUGCACCGGGCCGGAAGACCCGGCACCAGGGUGUGCCAGCCCUGAGGCUGCGAUGCGCGCACAGCUGGAGUGUCAGGUGCUCGCGUCUGGUCAGUACGCCCCCUGCGAGCAGGCGCUUGACCUCAACAGGGCGUACGCGUCGUGCGUUGCCCGCGUGUGCCUGGCCUCCACCCCUGCCCUGGCACGUGAGACGGCGUGCGGCUUCCUCGGCAACGUGGAGGCGCUCUGCUUCUCCGCAGGUGUGCGCGGUGCUGCCUCGGUGUUUGAUCGCUGCGGCGUGUGCCGCGGUGACGGCACGAGCUGCAGCCUGCCCAACGAGUGCUCGGCGACGCAGGCGUCCCUGCUGACCUUCCGCCCUGAUGCCACCUCCGAUCGCACCGCGCUCGCGCUUGGCGAGCAGAACGAUGUGUGUGACCUGACCCUGCUGCGUGCUGCAGGUGUUUCCGUGUCCGUGUCGCCAGUCGUUGGCGUGGUGCACAUGGUCGUGAACCACACGGCGUCCCACACGAGUGCUGCCUUCACACUUGAUCCACGGCAGCCCAACGUUGCCGUGGUGAACGGCCGCACGACCACGGGCUUCCCUGUCAGGUUGCAGCACGCUCUGCUGGAGCGCACUUCGACGGAGCUGCUGCUUACCGUAUACAGCGGCAGUGCACCCGGGACUGAGAGGUACUCAAACAACACCGACUUUAUCAGGCAGCCCGUGGGCGUGCUUGCUCGCGUUGUGGUGGCCGUUGCUGCGUCCUCUACCUCCAUGGUGCGCGUGAUGGCAACCAGCGCCGUUGUCGCAGGCAACGCCGCCGCGUGUGGAAGCACAACGCUACUGGACGCUGCCGGGGCCUCGCAGCUCCUGGCCUCAUCUGUCACCGGUGGUUGCUCUGUUCCCGAGGACCCUGUGGUGCUCCCUCCCCCGGCCAACACGUCAUGCACCUCUGCUGCGAUGCUGUGUGCUGACCUUGACCCCGUGUCAGAGGUCAGCCCGUACAAGGACAGCUGCUUCUCGCUGGAGGAGCCAGCAGCCUAUCAUAACCUGUGCGUUGCCCGCGCCUGUUUCGCCGAAAGCCAAGCAGAGGCAAGGCGGGAGGCGUGUCAGCUGCUCACCCUGUACGAGCGGGCAUGUGCUGCCCGAUCUGGUGGGCUGCUGUACAACGUGUCCUCUGUGCGGGAUCGAUGCGGCGUGUGCUAUGGCACCGGCGAGGACUGUGGGCCCCAGGAUCAGCUCCAGUGCAGCCUGCUCGACACCCACACGCUUGUUCCCUUUGCGGCCGAUUCGCUGCUGAGCACGGCAACGGGCUGUGAGUUGCUGCUCGUGGGCGACCGCGAGGACCCACGCAGCUUCAUGGUCACGGUCAAACGCCAGGCGUCUGGCGCGUAUGUGCUGGCGAUUGCUCGCCACAACGGCUGGCAUCUUGAGAUUCACAGCGACGGCACGGUCGUGAGCCACGAGGCGUCUGGUGAUGCCGAUGGCCAGCCACUCUCAAGAGCGUUUGCGCCCACGGACCCCGUGCACAUUGUCAACCCCUCAGAUGACACACGCCUGUUCCGCUCGUCCGCGUCGCUGGUUACGCUUGUGGUGCCGGCGUUUGGCAUCUCCAUCUCUGCUGGUGCAACCAGUGUGCGCAUACACACCAGCACCGCCAGCACCGCCAACAUCGUCGGCAUGUGCUGGCCCGCGUCCCUCGGUGUGUCCUCACUGCUUGAUGUUGCGGAUGUGAGCGGCGAUAGCGGUGACGCUUCGUCUUCCUCAACACGGCAGGUGACGGUGCGCCCAGAUUCUGCGCUUCAGCCUCCAGAUGAAGCCUGCGUUGCCCCACCUGCAACCACCACCCACCCGUGCGACACCGCAACAAGCACCACCCGUGCGGCUGCUGAGGCGUACUGCGACCGCAUGACCGCCCCUGGCGGUUCGCUCGGCCCGUGCCUUGCCGUGCUCGACCCAGCCGCGUACUAUCGCUCGUGCCUGAGCGCCUUCUGCGCCGCGGCACCUCCCAGUAUCCCGGCGGAUGCCGUUGAUACCUGGCGGCAGGGCCUUGCCUGCGCCGCUGUGUCGGAGUACGAGCGCGCGUGUGCACAGCUUGUGCCGGAUCUCGGCUCUGUCAGAGACGCCUGUGGUGUGUGCUUUGGCGACGGCUCCGCCUGUGCACAGGAGUGGCGCUCGUGCUCGCUGCAUGGCGCUUCCUUCGUUCAGCCCUUCGCUGCGGACCCGUUCCUGUUUGCGGGCGAGCAGGCAUAUGCCCUCCUGCGUGACUGCCAGUUUGGAGCCUUUGCCGUGUACCUGCAGCGCUGUGGCCAGGACGCGCCCACCGUGCGGGUUGAGAUGACACCAGAUCCGCAACGGCCAACAACGUGGCUUGAAAUCCUGCCCAGCACUAUGACCGUACCGGCUGAGCUGGACCGUGUCCGUGCAGACUGGGUUCUAGCCACGCUCCUCAACUCGACGCGUCAGGCUGUCGCGCCGCUGCUCCAAGAGACGCGCGUCCUCGUCAACGGUGCCCGCGUCAGCGCCAGCGCCAUCCUGUCCCGCGGCGAUGAGGUCCUCUUUGUCAGUGGGCUUGCCCGCGAUAAGGCUGGCUUCGUGGUCAGCUUUCCCUACCGCUCCGCGGCUGGCGGCGGCCUGUUGAUCGACGUCACAUCGGAGGGCCUGUCCGUUUCCGUGCCGUUCCUGAGCGUCUCGUCCGAUGGCCGCGGUGCUGUCGCCGUUCACGCCCACGCGUCCCUGCUGUCACGCUCCUGUGGCCUCUGCGGCUCUGCAGAGGGGCUCCGCCUGCCGGGCGCCACCGCCAAUGUUAGUGUUGCUUCGGACAACGUCACGGCUGCCUGGAGCUACGGCACAGCUUGGGCCGCCCCACAGCAGUGCGCAUCUGCAAACGAAACCGUCGCUGUCGAGCCGCGCCCGAGCAACCCGUGCGACUCCUCGCCGGAACUGCUGCUGGUGGCCCAACACUACUGCCACGUGCUGCGCGACACCGCUGGCCCGUACGCCUCAUGCGUGGGCGAAGUCGGCAUGCAGAGCCAAACAUUGUUUGCAUCGUGCGUGUACGACUACUGCAUCGCCAUUGGCAACGCCACGGCGCUGGCAGCAAAUCCCGGCGAUGAGAUCACAAACAGCGUCGAUGCGGCAAUCGCAGCUGCUGCGUGCGCCAGCAUCACGGCGCUGGAGGACCUGUGCAUUGAGUCUGGCUUCACUGCCAUCGAGACGGUGCUGGACGAGUGCGGCGUGUGCUUCGGUGACGGGUCCACGUGCGCCUCCUCCAACCUCCAGUGCGCCGUGCUCGGCUCCCACGUGGCCACCGUCUCCAACGACCUGCAGACGUUCCACGGCCAGUGCUCGUACGUGCUGGCCGAGGACUGCGCCCACGGCUCGUUUGCCAUCCACGGCUACAAGCCCGAGGGCUCGGACGCGUUUACGCGCCUGCUUGUGCGCAUUGGCGAGCAGGCGCUGGAGCUGGACGGCCCGCGCGUGUUCCUCGACGGCAUUGAGGUCACCGAGGUGCCGAGCGUGCUGGAUGGCGGCAUUGUCGUGCGCAGCGACGGCUUUGACCUCAUUGUCACCGCCCAGCGCGAGGGCUUGGUUGUUUCGUGGAACCCGUUCUCGGGCCAGACCGCCAUCAGCGCGCACGUGCGUCUCUCCAGCGUCCUGUGCGGCCUGUGCAACACCGCCCUGGACGACGUCAGCACGUACGGCAGCAACGUGCCCGGGUGCACCGUCAACGGCACGUGCACCUUCGAGCAGGCCGGCCUUACCUGGCACUCGCCCGAGACCGACGCGCUCUUCCUUGGCCCUUCCGGCGCCAUGUGCUCGCCGCGUGUGUUGGAGCGCGACAGUCCCUGUCUCAACAACGCCACGCUACAGGCGCUGGCCGAGGACUACUGCGCCGCACUAGCCAGCGACGUCGGCCCGUAUGCCGCCUGCCACGUCUGGGCCAGCCCGUCCGCGUACGUUGAUGCGUGCAUCAGCGACUACUGCACCGGCGGCGCCGAGAAGGCGUGUGGCGUGUACGCUGCCUACGAGGAUCGCUGCCUCAAGAGCAGCCCAGACCCCGUGGAGGCAAGCAGCGUCAUUGACCGCUGUGGCUUGUGCUUUGGCAACGGCGAGUCGUGCCUGGAGACGUACAGCGUGUCCACCGUGUUUGGUGACCCCCACUACGUGACCCUGGACAAAACUGUGUUUAGCUUCUCCGGCACGUGUGACUACGUGUUUGCCAAGGACUGCCUGUACAACGAGUUUGAGAUCCACGUGCGUAACCGCAACGUGACCAACGCCGGCAUUUCCACUUUUGGCGUUGGCAUCACGUCACACGGAUCGCCGGUCGUGGAGUUGCAGUUCACUGGUGAUGUGCUUGUGGACGGCCAGCUGCAGACCAAGCUUCCGCUGCUGCUCAGGGGCGGCACCACCGUGACCCGCACCCUGCAGGGCACCCUGGUUGUGACCAUGAGCAACGGUAUUGAGAUUGAGUACACUGAGGACGCUAUCCUCUCCGUGUGGGUCCCGGACCGCUUCUCCAACCGCGUGUGUGGUCUUGUCGGCAAGUACGACAACGUCACCUCCAACGACCUCGUCACCAGCGCCGGUGUGCUCACCACAAACGCGUACAAGUUUGGGCUGAGCUGGGCCGUGGUCAACGUCACGUCCGCGCCGUCGACGCUGUUUGCUUCGAGGGAGGGCGUGUGCUACCAUGAGCCCGUGCCGCCAACGCCCGUUGACCCAUGCGCUGACGCAGAUGCGCAGGUCAUUGAGGAAGGCCGCCGCCGCUGCGCCGUCAUUGUGGACACAGACGGCCCAUUUGCUUCCUGCCACUCUUUGCUCAACCCUGAGCCGUUUUAUGAGGCAUGUCUUGCUGACAUGUGCUACCCGCUGCACGCCACGUCGGCGAUUCGCCAGUACGACGUGCUGUGCAAGGACCGCGGGCGCGCGCCGCAGCCGCCCAUCAUUGACCGCUGCGGGGUUGCGUUUGGCGACGGCUCCUCCUGCGCGCAAGAACUCGCAACCUGCUCCACACUCGGUGGCGCGCACUUUGUCACCUUUGACGGCAGUGCGUACGAUUACGCCGGCACGUGCUCGUACAUUUUGGCAAAGGACUGCGAGGAAAGCUCGUUUGAGGUGCAAAUCAUUCCCAACCCCGUCCUGGCAACGUAUGCAUUAGCCUUGCGCACACAGGGCCGGCACUUGGUUGAGUUGCGCAACGGUGCGGUGUACAUUGACAACGCGCGCGUCUCCCGUUCCGAGUCCUCGCUCGUUCUCUACAAGGACGGCACGACUCUUACCUGGCUCGUGGACGACACCCUGGUCAUUGAGAUGCUGAAUCAGGUGCAGGUUCGUGCGCGCGGCUCCAUCAUCCAGGUCAUGGCACCGCCAACCCUGCAUGGCCGCAUGUGUGGCCUGUGCGGCGACUUUACUGGCUCUGCGAUUGACGACUUCAAGACGGCCGAUGGACAGGUGUACACCAUCAUCAACACGGCGCGAACAUACCUUUUCGCCAACAGCUGGCAGGUGCAGGCCGGAACGGCGCUUCUCGGCUCGCACAACAGCGAAUGCAUCAGCCCCGUGCAGCCUCCACCAAACCCGUGCAACCUCGAUUCGUCCGCCUUGGCAGAAGCAAAGCGCCUGUGUGUCCUCAGCCCAGGCGCAGUCGCUGAUUCGGCCACAUGCUCUGACUCACUCGUCUCAUCUCUGUACGACGCCUGCUUGCGUGACGCGUGCCAAGCCCUCACGUCCGGCCGCGCGUAUUCACAGUGCGAGGGCGCAGCGUCAUUCUUGGAGUACUGUGACGCAAACAACGAGUAUGUGCGUUUCCUGGCAUGGGACCGCUGUGGCGUGUGUGGCGGCGACGGUACUUCCUGCGCAGAGCAGUUCCCGACUUGCACCGUGCUCUCCAGCGGGCAAGUCCUGUCUGUGCCAGGCGCGAUUGUGAAACCGCUUGCCGAAUGUGACUUUGUGCUGGCUAAGGACCCACAUGGCGUCUUUGAGCGACGGCAGCACACUCAGGCGGCGAGCGACACGUACGCGCUGGAGAUGCAGGCCAAUGGCAUGCGUGUCACUUGGCUGAGGGCGCUGAGGGCAACAGCAACGGUGAAGGUGGAUGUUCCAGCUCAGACGACGACCGGACUUGAAGGAUUGUGUGGUGCCGUGCUCACGGACGCUGCGAGCGUGGCAGCGCUCAAGAACGCAACAGCAGUUGCGCCCGAACUUCGCCUGAUCCCUGGAGGAUCCGAGACAGCGUGCUUUGACAGUGGCCCCGGCGGUGGCCCACAAACAACCACGACAACGACCCCGACGACAGUGCCGAGCGAGCCAAUCACCCCGGUGAUCGAUCCUCGCCCGCCCGUGCAGCCGCCAGUCGACUCCUCACGUGGCGGCCUGUGCACAAGCGCGGGCGACCCGCACUUCACCACCUUCGAUGGCGCGCGCUUCGACUUCUACGGCGUGGGCGAGUUCUACCUGCUGCGCUCGCCGCUGGUGGAGGUGCAGGUGCGGCACGAGCCGCUCGGCAGCGCUUCGGGCAACACGGCCUUUGAGGCGCUGUUCCGCGAGUCUGGCCUGCGCGUGGGCAUGUACCCGCGCUCUGGACGCCUCAUCGUGCGCACCUACAACAGCCUCGCUGCGGAACUCACGAGUGCAUCAUCCACGUACAGCACAGUUGUUGAUGGUGUCGAUGUACAUUGUGAAUAUGGCCGCUCGUGCACGCUGUACUCCGAGGCGCUGGACUUUGAGCUCACGGCGCAGGGCUCGCGCUACCUCAACAUCCACGUUGCGGUGUCGCCGCUCUUCAACAACGCAACCGGCGGCCUGUGCGCCCUGUACAACGGCAUCGCUGCAGACGACAGCGCCACCGUCGACUACACCCGCGUCACACGUGCCGAGUCGCUUCUUUGGUACGAUCCUCCCAACAACUGGGAUAACUACAACGACCAGCCUGAUGGGUACAAGCCCUCGGACGAGUGCCAGUCUGCGGAGCUUGAGGCGCAGGCAGUGACGGUGUGUGCCGCUGCCGGCGACAUGGCGCAGGAGUGCAUCAAGGACCCGCCAGUCGACUCCUCACGUGGCGGCCUGUGCACAAGCGCGGGCGACCCGCACUUCACCACCUUCGAUGGCGCGCGCUUCGACUUCUACGGCGUGGGCGAGUUCUACCUGCUGCGGUCGCCGCUGGUGGAGGUGCAGGUGCGACACGAGCCGCUCGGCAGCGCUUCGGGCAACACGGCCUUUGAGGCGCUGUUCCGCGAGUCUGGCCUGCGCGUGGGCAUGUACCCGCGCUCUGGACGCCUCAUCGUGCGCACCUACAACAGCCUCGCUGCGGAACUCACGAGUGCAUCAUCCACGUACAGCACAGUUGUUGAUGGUGUCGAUGUACAUUGUGAAUAUGGCCGCUCGUGCACGCUGUACUCCGAGGCGCUGGACUUUGAGCUCACGGCGCAGACCUUCAGUUCAAGGUAUUUGAACAUCCACGUUGCGGUGUCGCCGCUGUUUUACAACGUGACUGGUGGCCUGUGCGCACUGUACAACGGCAUCUCCGCAGAUGAUCACGCCACCAUCGACUACACCCGCGUCACACGUGCCCAGUCACUGUUCUGGUACGACCCUCCCAACAACUGGGAUGAUUACAACAAGCUCCCAGAUGGCUACACGCCUUCGGAUGAAUGCGUAUCCGCUGACUUUGAGGCACAGGCGGUGAUGGUGUGUGCCGCUGCCGGCGACAUGGCGCAGGAGUGCGUCAAGGACGUGUGCGCAACGGGUGAUCUUGAUGCCGCCUGGGCUGUCAUCGAAGCGUGGCUGUCGCGUCAAAAGGCUGGUGAUCGGCUCCGGGAUCGCACGAGUGACAAUGCAACGAGCACAACCGCCAUUCCGCCCAUCACACCCGUGGUUGAACCGCCGCUACCGCCGCCGGCUUACCGUGACCAGUGUGUGCGGAGCGGUGUGACGUCCAUCCCGGCCAUCGUCGAUGAGUGUGGGGUGUGCUUUGGUGACGGCAGCACGUGCUCGGGCUCUUUUAUGACGUGCUUCAUGCGCGACGUUGGCCUUGUUCGCACGUUCUCUGGCUACGAAAAUGCGUUUUCCGGCAUCUGCGACUACGUGGUUGCCAAGGACUGUUCGGCCAUGUCUGAGUUUGAGGUGCAAGCGCGCAAGACGGCGUGUGGCCUGAGCUCGUGCAACUCGGUCGUCGCGGUGCGCUUCGGCUUCAACCUCGUCGUGGAGAUUGCGGGCUCCUUUGUCACCAUCAACGGCCAGGAGACCUCCGCGCUGCCACUCACCACCGUGGAGGGUGUCGUUGUGCAGAAGGGCGCUGGUGUUUUCACUGUGCGCCUGCCCAACAGCGUCACAGUCACGUGGGCACCAGCGUCUGGCCAGCUUCAGGUGCGUGCGCCAGCUGUCACCUUUGCCAACCGCGUGUGUGGCCUGUGUGGACAGCCGCUGAGCGCCGACGCCACAAACAACGACGAUCCCGCGAGUGGCCUGAUCACGUCCAAUGGCGUUGUGGCCGCCAGCCUGUGGCAGCACGCCAAGAGCUGGCUCGUGGACACGGAGGCUGCGAGCCUGUUUGUCGACCCAGACCCGUUCUGCACCAUUGAUGACGUUCCCCCGGCCGAUCCAUGCUCCUUCAACGCCACCCUCGCCGACUGGGCCGACCGCGUGUGCUCCAAGACGUUGCGUGGUCGCGAGUAUUCCGCGUGCCAUGCAGUCGUCGACGUUGCGCCGUACAUUGAGCUCUGCCGCACGGCAAAGUGUGCACGUCCCGACGACUCGAAUUCCUGGCUGCUCAACUCGCGCUACCUCCUCACCGUGGACGGGCUCAAUGCCGAUUUUCCCGGUGCGUGCAGCUUCGUGCUUGCGCGCAGCGUGGAACAGCGCUGGUCCAUCUUCACAACGCGCAAUGCGGGCCAGGUCGUUGCGGCCGUCUCCAUCCGCAACCGCCACCGCCUCUCCCUGGUGCGCGGGGACGACACAGGCGGCGACGCAUCAGCAGCAGCGAGUGUGCUGUUCGAUGGCUCCCCCCUCGUGCAGACGCUGUUCUCGCCCGAGAGCAGACUGGCCGUGUACCAAGAUGAGACCGCCAAGACAGUCAGGGUUGUGCUGGACGCCGUUGGCUCGUCGCUGCUGUGGAACUACGAGGUGAACUCGCUCGUGGUUUCUGUGGCGCGCGACAUUGUGACGAGCGGGUCUGGCCUGGACGGCCUGUGCAGCGUCGCUGUGGACGGCGCCCCCGUGAGAGAGCUGCUCACCGCGCAGCAGCCCGCGCCGUACGGCAUGCUCUGGAACGAGAGCUGGGCAUGGACCCAGGACAUGUCUGGCGUGUUUGCCUUUGAGCCCUCUGUCGAGCACAACUGCUCUUCACUCGUUGGCCCCGUCAUUCCUCCCCCGCAACCGCCUGUUGACCCUUGCCUGGGCAACAGCGGUCUGCGCGCAAACGCGGAGCAGUAUUGCAGUGUGCUCGUGGGUGGCAGCUUUGACCAAUGCGGCAUCGAAACGGCCGUGUAUUACGAGAUGUGCAUCGCAGACAAGUGUGCUGAGCUUCUCCUCUCUCUGCGUGCUGGCUCCAGCACCACCACCAACAGCAGCAGCAGCAGCAGCAGCAGCAGCGACACAAUUGGUAGCGGUGGAGACACCACCACUCUGGGCGCAGUUGACGGGAUUUCCGCCUGCGGUGUGCUGAAGGAUGUGGUGGGCGAGUGCGCUGCGCGUGGCGUGACGGUCGCUGGCGGCAUUGUGGACCGGUGUGGCGUGUGCUUCGGCAACGGCACGUCCUGUCCUUACUCCGGCGCCCGCGCCACCUGCUCCAUCUCCGGUAACGCGUACUACGUGACGUUUGACGGCUACGAGUACGACUUUAUGGGCCUGUGCGACUACACGGUGGCCCGCUCCGCCUUCUCCAGCCCGGACGUCAUCAACGAGGUGCCGGUCGGGCCCUGGGAGCUGCAGGUGCGGCACACGCGCUGCUCCUUCAACAACUUUGCCAGGUGCACGGCAGGCAUUGCCCUGCGGGCCCUUGGCGCCCCCAAGAUUGAGGUGAGUGCUGGCGCCGUGGUGAGUGCAGACGGCACGGAGAUCACGGCCUUGCCGCUGGUGCGGGGCGCGCUUCACCUGGAGGCUCACGCCGGCAGGGUGCGCAUGGCCCUGUUCUCCGAGUCGGUGGUGAUUGAGUGGGACUACGGCAACCUGCUGCAGGUCUCCGUGCCGCCCGUGUAUGGUCGCAACAUGACCGGGCUGUGCGGCAACUUCAACAAGCAGGCCUUGGACGAUGCGCUGCUGAGCGGCAGUUCCACGGAACUUGCCUCGAGCAACUACCAGCUUGGCAUCAGCUAUGCCGUGGACCAGGACCCCAGCGACCGCAUCUUCCACGACCGCAACUCCCGCUGCCCCGACGACCCGUCCGACCCCACGGACAACUGCGACAUUGCGCAGGUGCAAUCGCAGGCGGAGGACUACUGUGGCCUCGUCACGGACGUCAACGGGCCGUUCGCCUCCUGCCACGCCGAAAUUGAUCCCAUGACGGCGUACCACGCCUGCGUGCGCUCGUUCUGCACGUGCUUUGCCGAGCUGCGCUGUGGCUGCGCUGCUAUUGCCGCCUACCAGCAGCAGUGUGCGGCGCAGGGCCUGAUGAACGAGCUGCCCGUGCCGUCGUGCGAGUCGUGUGAUGCUGUGACCGGCGAAUGCACGUUGGAGGUGGAGCGGUCCAGCUGCUCUGCCCUGGGCAACAAGUACAUUCUGACGUACGACAGCCGCUUGUAUGCGUUUGAGUCUGGCGACUGCAGCUAUGUGCUGGCGCGCGAUUGCGUCAACGGCGACUUUGAGGUGGCACGCGAGGGCGACCGUGUCCGUGUGACGACAGCAAAGGGCGUUGACGUGGAGUUGGUUGCCCCCCGGACUGCGGUGGUGAACCGCAUCCCCGUUGCACGGUUCCCCAUUGUGCUGGCCGACGAGUCAGUGCUCAGCGCGGAUGAAAGCACGGGCGCGCUCACCCUCGAGCUCGGUGGCUCCCACGUGCAGGUUGUCUUCACUGACUUUGACAGCUACAGCGUCAACGUGCCGCCAGGUCAAUACGCCGAUGCCGUGUGCGGCCUGUGUGGCGCCAACAUUGACGGGCAGUCGUCCAACGACUGGGCCUAUGCCGACGGCACGCCCGCGUCUGCAGACUCGCUCACCCCCUUUGUGCAGGCCUGGCAGCUUGGCGAGUGCGAUGUCAUCCCCACCGCCCCGCAGCCACCCACCACGUGUGUGGACCAGGACCUGGUGGACAGCGUGUGCGGACGCCUGCGCCAGUUUUCCGGGCCGUACGGCGGCUGCCUGACGCACCUGGACGCAGAGCCGCUCUACAACAUGUGCGUGGAGGAGGCGUGCACGGAUCCAUCGUCGCCACUCAUCUGCAGGGCGCUUGCCGUGUUUGAGGACCAGUGCGACCGGGCCGGUCACCCGAUUGUGUCUGCGCGUGAUGAUUGCGGCGUGUGCUUUGGCGACGGUCGGUCCUGCCCGCUGUCGUCGACGGAGCCGGACGAGUGCCUUGCUCUGGAGGGCGGCCUCUUCUUCCGCUUUGAUGGCCACCUUGGGCACCACAGGUACACGUGCGCGCACGAGGUGGUGGUGGUGUCGGAUGCCGACAGUGGCCACAACGUGACUGUGGUUGUGGAGGCGGACACAUUUGUGGUCCAGUCGUCCAACAACCAGCCCGUCAGGUUUGUGCGUGGCGCACCUGUGGACACGAGCGGCUUCACCCAGCCGUCCUUGGACCGGAGCCUGUUCCUGCCCGGCGUGGUGAGCACGCCCCUCGUCAACCGCGGGGGCCGCUGGACAUUCACACACUACAGCGGGGCGCUGGAGAUUGUGUGGACGGACCCGAUUCUCUCCGUCCGCGUGGAUGCAUCGCGCCUCGCCGUCGCUGGCGGGCUGUGUGGCGAGCAGCCCAUGGGCCAGCCCUCCACGCUGGCGGAGGACCCGCAGCAGCAGUGGUCGGACGGGCAGGUGUGGAAGGUCGAUGAUGUGUGUGUGGAACGGGGAUCGCCGCCGAGUACGGCCGUGUGUGAAGGAGACGCCCCGCGGCUUGCUUCCGUGCAGGCCACGUGCGGCACGCUUCUGCAGUCAACGCACCCACUUGCUGGGUGUGUGGGCUCGGGCUAUCGUCGGACCAUGAUCACCCAGUACUGCCUGCGACACAUGUGCGAGUGCUCGCAGUCUGCGGAGGACGUUUGCUUCUCGCAGGUGGUCAGGCUCGUGUACAAUACGUGCCCCUCGCCGCACACGACGUGGCCCAUCCCCGUGGAUGAGUGCGGCGUGCUGUUUGGUGACGGGACGAGCUGCCGGCCGACCUGGCCGCGGUGCACGUCCCUGUUUGGGCGGUACCACGCUUCCACCGCGGGUCGCUUCCUGGCCGUGGACAGCGGCAGCUGCGCCAUCACCAUCGCACGCGACUGCGUCGGCAGCGACUUUGAGAUCCAGUCGCUGGCUGUGAGCUCUGGCACGCGCGUUGCCCUGCGCUUUGGCGGCGCGUAUGCCUCCGUCAUCAGCCUGCACGCAAACAUGACCGUGGACGUUGACGGCGCGUUCCUGACGGGCGGCUGGACGGUCGUCGACCAGCAGGAGACGCUCGUCCGCAACCUCAACGGCCGCAUCGAGGUGGUGGGCGUGAACCAGCAAGUGGUGUUCACGUGGUACGGCACUCACCACGAGCUCUUUAUUGCGCCCUCGUACCGAGAUCGCCUGUGCGGUGCGUGUGGUCUGGCCGCGUCUGCUGACACCACCGCGGUUGCGGGUGCACUGCAGAGCGAGUUCCAGGCCGCGCUGUUCACGGCGUCUGCCAGCGCCGUGUGCGUGCUUCCGCCGCUGCCCACGAGCCCCUGUGCAGGCAACGCGUACGCGUACCAGCUGGCCGCGUCCUACUGUGCGGUUGUGCGCACCACGCUCUUUGCGUCCUGCAGCGGCACGUUUGGCGUCAACGUCGACUUCUACUACCAGUCGUGCCUGCGCCGCGUGUGCGCUGCGUCAACUCCCACUGCUGCCGCACGGUCUGUGAUUCGUGUGCUUGAACGGCACUGCCGCGCACCCUGGCGCUACUGCAGCCCCGUGACGGGCUGCGUUGCGCCGUCGGUGCGCCGCUUUAGCGUGUUUGGCGGAUCUGGCCGCGUGGUGUACCGCACAUUUGAUGGCGCCACCAUCUGGCGCACGAACGUCUACGACUACUUGCUGGUGGAGAGCCUGUACAACGGCUACCCCUUGCGCGUGUACGGCAGCGUGGGUACCUGCACCUGGGCGACAACAAGCAGCCGCUACUCGCCCGCGUGCCUCCGCGGCAUUGCCAUUGUCAUCUCCAACACGGUCACCAUCCACGUUGACCUCGUGCACACACGCGUCAGCAUCAACGGCCGCGUCCUGGUAGGCUACAGGCUCUCUGGCCUACGCUUCACCGUCUACUUGCGGAACAUUCACGGCUCUUUUCGCCUGUUUGUCAGCCUGUACGAGGGCCUGUUUGAGAUGGACAUUGACCUGAUUGCGGCGACGGCGUGGGUGCGCGCCCCAGAGAGCUUCUUUGUGAGCACGCGCGGCAUCGCCGGCAACAACAACGGCCACAUUGGCGACGAUUCCACGUCCUACACCAGCGUGCUUGGCUGGCAGGUGCACGACACGGGCCUGCUGGCGCCGUUUGGCGACCCGCAGUUCACCAACCAGACCUUCAACGCCACCGUGCUGCCGCCGUCCGAGUGCGCUGGCAACGCCGGCGCGCUUUCCGCCGCCGAAGCACUGUGCCACGUGCUCGUCGACCCGCUCGGUUCGCUCGCCGGAUGCCACGCCACCGUCGCUCCACAGACAUACUACCAGGCAUGCCUGGAAGCGGCAUGUGCGUGGUCCGCCUGGCCGCACAACGCCACCAGCGCCGUGGCCGCCACCUUUGGCAACGCCACGGACGCCCUCCCCCUCCUGGAUGCCUGCGACAUCAUUGCGUCCUACGAGGGUGCAUGUGCGCUUGCCGGAGCCACGGGCAUCUCGUCCGCGCGCGACGUGUGCGGCGUAUGUGGCGGUGACGACUCAACCUGCGCAGAUGGCUUGGCCUCCUGCACCGUGUUCGCGUCCUCGUCCUACGUGACCUUUGAUGGCGAGAGCCUCGACUUUGCCGGGGAGUGCGAGUACAACCUGGUGAGUGACUGCUCGCAACACGAGUUUGACAUCACCGUGGUGACGCGCGGCAGCGACCCAGCCACCCCCGUGCUCGCUGUUCGCUUUGGCGCAUCGCCUCUCGUGCACAUCACGGGCGGCGGUGUUGUGUCGCUUGCUGGCGACGACAUUGACGACAAGGCAGACGACACCGUGCUGACAGCGCCCUACCUGAACAGGCACGGCGUGUCCGUGCACCACACAGGCGACGGUGACAGCGGCGUGCUGCGCGUUGUGCACCAGGCAACGGGCGUGCAUGUGGAGUGGUCGCACUUCAACACGUUCCGCGUGUUUGUGCCGCGCUCGCUGCAGUCGCGCGUGUGCGGCCUGUGCGGGAACAUGAACGGCCUUGCAGACGAGUUUGCGCCGAGCAACCGCAACUCCAUGUGGAGCUUUGGUGUAAACCAAGCCACGCCGCCGCUGCUUCGCCGCCUCACCAGCGCCAGCACCACGUGCACGGAUGGGCCCGAGCCGCCGCGCGACCCUUGCGUCGCCUUCCCCGCUAACCGUGCCCGCGCAGAGGAGCAGUGCAGUGCGCUGCUCAACAGCCCCGCACCUGUGUAUGGCUCCUGUGCCGCCGUGCUUGACCCGGAGCCGUUCUACCGCGCGUGCCUGAGCAUGGCCUGUGCAACAGACGCCAAGGACAUUGGCAAAGCAUGCGUCGACCCGUUCCGGGCCUUUGAGAGCCUGUGCGAUUCCAUCCAGGUGCCAUACACCUCCGUCAUUGACCGCUGCGGCGUGUGUGGCGGCGACGGCUCCACGUGCAGGGACGAUGACCUGCCGGAUGGCACGAGCAGCUGCCUCUUGUACGGCGCGCACAUGACCACGUUUGACGGCCUGCCCUUCAGCUUCUGCGGGCGCGGCAGGUUUGUCGUGGCCUCUGGCGGCCCCAACUGCGAUGGCAGCGAGUUCCAGGUGCACGCGACCCUGGCAGCCGCAUCGACGUCAGCGUACCCCGCUGCCGAUGAGGUGCGCGUCAUCCUGCCCGCCAUCUCCGACGGCAGCACGCAGGAGCCCGCUGUCACGGUGGACGUGCGGCUGGGCGGCCUUGUGGUCAUGAACGGCGAGGUGGUUGAGGACGACGCGCUGCCCAUUGUCACCAGCCGCGUGCGCGUGUCUCGCGUGUACUCGAAGGUGACGGUGCAGCUGCUUGUGCUUGACGUCUCCAUCACCUUCAACGGCGACCUGCUGGAGGUCAACGCGCCAACCGCGUACCGCAACAACCUGUGCGGCCUGUGCGGCCAUUUCAGCGGCACGCAGGUGCUGUUCACCUCCGACAACACAGCGGUGCAGGACACGGGCAACCUGACGCAGACCACGGCGCUUGCCUCGUCGUGGCGUGUUCCCGAGACGCCCGCGACGCCGUCACGCCAGUGCCUGCCAGCACAGCCACCUGCGAGCGAGCAUGGCGAGAAUUGCGAUGUGCUCGCUGCCCCGCGCGGGCGCUACUCCGCGUGCCACGGCGUGGUUGACCCAGAGCCGUACGUGCGCGCGUGUGCCGUCAGCUACGCUGCGUGCAGCAGCGCGUGCAGCUGUGCGGUGGUGCAGGCGUACGAGCAGGCGUGUCGCCUGCGUGGCGUGACAUUUGUGUCCUACGUGGACCAGUGCGGUGUGUGCGGUGGCGACGGCAGCCAGUGCACCAACGACUGGAUGCCCGAGUCGCCAACGGAGCUGGAUGAGGAGGACAUCCUCGACAUCUUGGAGAAGGACUGGCUGGACGAGCCCAUUGACAACCCGACCAACGGGUACGCCGUGUGCUUUGCAGACUCUGGCAUCUACUCGCCGCCCAUGGUGAACGCCUUCAAGAGCAAGUUUGUCAUGAUUGAGUUCUUGGUGAAGCCGCAGCGGUACGGCGGCACGGUCAUGUCGUACACGCACAUCACGGAGCCCAUCAGCGGCAUCAACCAGCGCGUGCUGCGCGACGUGUGUCUGCCUCACCCGAUUGAGCAGCUGCUGGAGCCCGAGCCCGAGGAGCCGCAGUUCGGCCGCACCUUCUCCGUCGUGCUCUCCAACCCGCUGCAGGUGGUGUAUGGCGACCGCGUCGUGACGACAGACUUUGUUGUGCAGCUCAACGCGUGGAACCACAUCACGCUCGUGUGGAGCCGCACCACGGGGGUGGUCAACCUGUUUAUGUUCACGCAGCAAGGUACGCUGCUGUCCAAGUCGGUCUUCUUUGCAGACUCAAGCCAGAUGUUCCGCCCGGGUGGCGUGCUCUCGUUUGGCCAGUGGCGGCCCUCCGCAUACGCGACCAGCAGCCACGCCAGCGGGCAGUUCGUGGGCUGCGUGGACGAGAUUCGCAUCUUCGAGAAGAACUCCCUGUUCGACUCAACGGCCAUCCGCCAGAACUUCCACCGCAACGUGCAGCCCUCGGAUGUGGACCUGGUGUCGCUGUGGAAGUUUGACGACGGCGCUGGUGCUGUGGCGAAGGACCUUGGCCCCGCUGCCACGCCGCUCGUGUUCCCGCAGCCGCCGCUGCCGAGCCCCGUCUGGUUCCUCACGUACACGGACAUUGACGCCCCGCCAAGCGACGAGGGCGGCGCUGUGCAGUUUUCCUCGCCAGAGCUGGACGACCUGGCCAACUUCCGCUGCGGCCUGUUCAUCCGCGCCAACACGCCAUGCAGACUGCUGGGCCAGGCCACGUCUGACUUCUACCUCAAGGCGUGCCUCGCUGACAUUGCGCGCUCCAACGAGCUGGCGGCAGGCAUGUCGUCGUUGGUGGCGUACGCGGACUACUGCCAGUCUGUGCUGAGCCUCAAGACGUGGCCGCUGCAGAGCUUCUGCAACGACUACGCAGACAUGGACUUCCCGCUGUACAUUGGCACCAAGUGCGACAAGCUGUGCUACAACGGCCACGCCUCUGCAGAGGAUCUCAACGUGUGCGUGUGCGACCCCGGAUACUAUGGCACGGAGUGCAAGGACGCGUGCCCUGGCGGUGCAGCCACGCCGUGCAACGGUAACGGCCUGUGUCGCGUGGAUGGCACCUGCGCCUGCGAUCCCCAGUGGACCGGCGCAGACUGCUCAGUCUGUGCGCAGGGCUGGCUGGGUGCCAAGUGCGAAUUUGCACGUCUCGACAGCAGCAGCGACAACAGCGGUGCCGGCGCCUCCGUGGCUGCUGGUAUUUUUACUGGCGGCCUUGUGCAUGCGUUUGAGGGCAUUUCCUUUGCCUACCCGUCACCUGGCCGCGUGGUGCUGAGCCAGCAGCGUGCGGGUGUUGUCAACACGGGCGGCCAGGAGCUGGCCAAAGUCACCGCGCAGCUGGCGCCGUGCCAGCAGGGCCGCGCAGUGUGUGUAUCGGAGGUGACAGUCCGAUUUGGUUCGGACAAGGUGCAGCUUGUGAGCCCCUAUGUUGCUGCGGGCGCGUUUGAGGUGCGUGUGAACAACGUGCUCACGCGCUCCGAGGGUGUUGCCAUUCCAAUUGGUGGUGGCGGCAGCAGUGGCGUCAACAACGUGACCCAAACGUCGUUGGACAGCGUAGUGCUGCGGUUUGAUGUGGGCAGCGUGCUGGUGAUUGAGCAGCGCCAGGGCUUCCUGGAAGUGUUCCUGCGCGCUCCUCGCGCCACCACCUGCGCGUGGACGGAGGGCCUGCUUGGUUCCUGCCAUGCGGGCUCGUCGCUGGCGUUUGCAAACCUGACGCUGGCAGACCUGCCGGAUGAGAUGGAGGCGUUCUCCAGCAGCAGCCCGGCCACGGCCACCGACGCCGGCUUUGCCCUCCGCCUCAACGACAGCGGCCUCGUUUCGUCGCCGCUCGUGUUUGACGACAGCGACACCGUGACCUUUGAGGUGAGCGUGAAGCCGAAGCAGGUUGGCGGCGUUGCCUUUGCAUACCGCAAGCUGCACACGCUCGCUGUGUCGUUUGGCGACUCCGGUCCCUUCACACGGCUCAGCAUCUCGGGUGGCCUGUGGCUCAUGCACGCGCACACGCGGCCCACCGUUGGCGCCCGACUCACCGUGAGCACGCUGGCAGGCGCCGCCUUCACCGUGCUGGAGCACCGCAUGCACCAGGGCGAGCGGGUGGCACUGCUGUCGCCCAUUGGCUCUGCUAACAGCACCGCGUUUGCCCUGAGCAGGGAUGGCUCGUGGCAGAUUGACACGCUGAUUGUCUCGUAUGGCUCGGAGGCGUACCCGACCGAGGUGGCGUUCCAGAUCAACAAGUGGCACCAGCUCAGCGUCGUGUGGACACGGUCCCAGGGCACCGCUGAGGUGUGGCUGUUGACGGACGACACAUCGGGCGUGUUCACUGCGUUUGUGGGCACGAGCGCCUGCGAGUCUGGCGGCCAGGUGCUGCUUGGCGUGUGGAUGGCUGGCGACUCCGUGCUGGGACAGGGUGCGGUUGCUCCGUUUGUUGGCGACGUGGAUGAGCUUCGCCUGUGGACGCGGCCCAGCAACCCGGCCAUCGUUGCCUCCACGUACCUGAAGAACGUACCGCCGUACGCACCAGACCUGGCCGGCAUGUGGAAGUUUGACGAGGGCAGCGGCGACGUUGUCGGUGACCAGGUUGGGCCAACCCUGCUCUUCUUUACACGACAGGCGCCAACGUGGAUCGCCUCCACGCUUCCACUCCCCAUCACCUUUGUGUACUCGCAGGACGACGUUGAAGCGCGUGACAUUGGGCUGGUGGUGUCUCUGGACGAGUUUGCUUCCGGCUACGAUGAGGAGUUGCUGCAGCGCCGCCGGCGCAGUGCAAGCAGCAGUGGCGGCAGUGGCGGCAGCGGUGGUCUGAACAGCACGUCAACGGCACCGCUUGUGGACGCGUGGCCCGUGUCGCUGCCAACCUACGGCGCCACGCCCGCGCAGCAGCAGGUGUUCCUUGCGGACUGCAACCGCUGGAUUGGCUCGCUGCAGGCCAUGUGUGCGCCGCUGUUCCCCAACCCGGCCGAGUACUACUUGUUGCAGUGCUUGCAGCAGGGUGCAGCCAACAACGCCAGCGCGUCUGGGCUCGUCAGCGUCUUUGCAUUUGCAACGCUGUGCGAGGAUGACCUGAACCUGGCAGAGUGGCCUGCAAGGCCGCUGUGCAAUGAGGGCUUGAAGACCGAUUGGAUCGGGCCAACCUGCGACAGGCUGUGCCUGUUUGGCCGUGAGGCCACAGACCAAUCCGGCAACCACUACUGCGAGUGCGACGCCGUGCACUUUGGCAUUACGUGCGAUUCCCUGUGCGAGGGUGUGGUGGAUGGCGUGGCCUGCUCUGGCCACGGCAGCUGCAACUCCGUCACGGGGCAGUGCAUGUGCGAGACGCGCUGGAACGGCGACAGCCUGUGCUCGUCGUGCAGCCCCGGGUGGACCGGUGUUGACUGCAGCGUGGCCACCGCGCCCGACCUGUUUAUCAACUCCACCACGGAGGGCAACGUCGUGUGCACGGCGUUUGGCGACCCGUACUUCACCAGCUUUGCUGGUACGGCGUAUCAGUUCAGCGGCCUCGGCACGUACACGCUCGUGCGCACGGACACCAUGCACGUGCAGAGCAUCCACCGCCCCUGCACGGCGUUUGAGACGUGCGUGUCGUCGUCCAUGAUUGGCGUGUCAUACGACAGCCAGAGCAUGGCCGUGUACCUCGCAGACACGGGUGCCAACCGGCUGGAGGCGCUCUUCUCCGACGCGCUCACGGGCGCCAUGCAGACGGUCGAGCACCCGACAGACUUUGCCACGCCCGGCGGGCUGAGGGCAGAGUGGUACCUGCAGUCGCGCCACAAGCUCGUGGUGUCGUUGCCCAACGGCGUGCGGGUGACGGUGACGGCGUAUGUCGGGCAGCUGAGCGCGGCCCUGGACAUUCCCGCGUCGCUGCAGGAGAACAUGCACGGCCUGUGCGGCUCCAACUCCACAGCGCUGCAGACGGAGUUUACGUGGAGGGAGUGCCCAACGGGUCGGCGCGGCGAGGCGUGCGAUGUCCUCGACUGCCCCGGUGAGCCAGACUGCUCCAACCGUGGCGUGUGCGCCCUGGACUAUGCCAACGCACCAAACCCGUACUGCCUGUGCGACCCCAACUUCCAAGGCGCAGACUGCAGCCAGCCCAUCUGUCCCGGCAGCCCGCAGUGCGGCGGCCCGCUUCGCGGCACGUGCGCGGUUGUGAACGAACAGCCCGUGUGCAUGUGCUCCAACACGACGCUGGGCGCUGCCUGCGGUGAGUGCGUGAGCGGCUACGGUGGCGACCACUGUCAUGUUGAGCUGUCGUGUGCUGGCGGCGCCGGCUGCGGCAGCCACGGUGAGUGCGUUGCGCAGGGCGAUGUUGCCGUGUGCGCGUGUGACGCUGGCUUCACCGGCCCCACGUGCGACCUGUGCGUGUUUGGCAAGACCGGCGCGACUUGCACGGAUGACAUUGUCUGCCCCGACGAUUGCUCUGGCCAUGGCCUCUCCUGCGUGGAGACAGCCAACACCAACAGCAGCACCGCCACGACGGGCGUCAACGGCACCAUGAGUACUGCGGCCAACACGAGCAUUCCCGUCGGCGAGUGCCUGUGCCAGCGCGGCUGGGCCGGUCCGACCUGCGCCGUUGAGGCGUGCACGCGCGAGGUCACAUGCGGCGGGCACGGCGACUGCCGUCUGGUCAACAACACCGCGUUUGUGUGCGACUGCGAUGCCCGCUUCACGGGCGACAACUGCUCGAGCUGCGCAUUCCCAUACACGGGCUCCAACUGCAGUGAAGCCAUCACAACGACGGUGCCAGCGCCGACCACGCCACUGUCGAACGCAACUACCCCCGCCAACGCAACGGCAAUGCCAAGCACAAGCGCAGCAACGCCAGCGACCAAUGGCACGGUGCUUGCAUCGACCACGGCUGCGGUGAACACAACAAGUUCAGCUGGCAACACGACCACAGCCACGUCCACGACCACGCCUCUGCUCACGUCAACGAGUAGCUCAACAACCACAACGACAACGACGACGACAACGCUGCCAUUUGACAGCGAGGUGCUGUCGCAGGCAUGGUUGAAUGAGAUGCUGCCUCGCCGCUUUGGUGUGCCUGGCCACGACGUGAUUCCAGGCCGAUUUGAUCCUGGCCAGACCCGCAUUGGCUCUGGCGGCUUCAUGUUUGCCUUCAACCAGACCUCUGUGAGCUUUGUGCCCCAGCGCGACUGCGGCGACGUUCCAUACGAGCCGUCCGGCGGCGAUGAUGGCACGGGUGGUGGCACGGGUGGUGGUGGCACUGGUGGUGAUGGGACUGGUUCGGGUGAUGGCGGUGCUAGUGGAGGCAUGUGCAAUGGUGGCGAGUGCGGCUUGGCUGUAGAGGGCUGGGUGAAACCUGGCUUUGACAACGUUCAUGACGACUUGGACCAGUAUGCAGCAGACAACACUGGCAGCGGAAGCGGAAGCGGAAGCGGCAGUGGGUCUGGCUCUGGCUCUGGCUCUGGCUCUGGCUCUGGCUCUGGCUCUGGCUCCGGCUCCGGCUCUGGCUCGGGUGACUACACGUAUGGCUAUGGUGGUGGUUACGUUGUGCCGCUGAACCCACACCGCUUGCGGCGCUGCACACGCAACUUUGUCGUGUUUUCGUUCUACACGGACUACGCCAACGGCAUCACGUUCAACUGCGUCGUGCUGGACGGCCGCUUGACCAUCACCUGGGGCACGUUUGUGUUCAAGACACGCAUCAUCAUGUACCGCAACCUGUGGGCGCACAUCACGGUGACGUGGCGCCCAACGGACGGCCGCCUCUUUGUGCUGGUGCACCGACCCGGGCUGGUGGUGGCAACCGACGUGGUUGUCGGCCUCCUGCGCACGUGCCACUUUGGCGUGGACGGCGAGUUCACCUUGGGGCGUGCCCUCGAGCCCAUCCCCGUGCUGCAACCGUCGUCAACGGAGGCACGCCGUCGCCGCGAGACUGAGACCACGGACUUUGAGGGCCACAUGGACGAGGUGCGCUUCUGGAACCGGCCCAUCUCCGGAGACCAGGUUGGGCAGAACUUCUUCUACCCGCAACAGGGCUACUCGGAUGGUCUGCUCAUGCACACCAACUUUGACAACGCGCAGCUGACCGGCACCAGCACGCUGCUGGCUGACCAGUACGGCGUUGAUGGUACGCGGUGCAGGCUGCGUGGACAGGCGAGCAUGCCCAGCGACGGUGGUUCCCCGGAUCCUUCCGGCUCGAACCUCUUCCCCGUGUCCACGGCGCCGCUACUCUUCCGCGCGUCGAUGGGCUGUGUGUUUGAAUCCGCAACGCUGCAGCGACAGGCAGAAGCCCUGUGCGAUGACAUGUUCCUGCACGGGGAGCUGGCCACGGAGUGCUCUGCGCUUGGCGCGCUGCUGGAGUUCUACCACGGCGCGUGCGUGUGUGAGAUUGCGCGGUACCGCGACCUCGCCCAUCACCGCUCAUCCGUCUGCCUGUUUGCACACUACUGCACGUCGACCGGCACAAGCAGCACGCCCGACCUGCUGUCGGACUAUUGUGACGGCCAGGUCAACGUUGUGACGACCACGGGGCAGCCUGUGCCGACCACGGGCAACGACGACGAUGACUUUGGACAGAGCACGCUGACGGACAGCAACUGGCCCUUCUACCUGACCAUCAUUGUGAGCGGCGUGUGCAUCGUGUUUAUGUUUGUGUGGUACAUCAUCAUCACCCUGUACACGCGCAACAAGGAGCAGCAGGAGGUGCUGGAUCAGAGCUCUGCGCUCGACGUCGAGCUCGGGUACCUGGGCACGCAGGAGGGCGACUUCAGCUUUGUCAACCCCAUGUUUGAAAUCCAGCCGGAGGCCGGCCCAUCCGACGUGACGAUGAUGCCCAACCCGCUGUACUCUGCACCGGAGAGCAGUGAUGCAGGCCAGCAGCCGCUGAGCUCGACAUCUGCCUCUGCCGGUGCCGGCAAGGUGCCUGGCGAGUCAGGUCUCGGCAGCGCUGGCGCGUAUGAUGUGGGUGAUGGCGACGCCGUGCCUGUGGAUGUGAAGGAGAGCGAGCUGUGCGACCCCAGCGUCAACUACCAGGAGAACGAGCUGGGAUUGCUUGCGUUUGACAUGUUUGAGCAGAACCCUCCUGAGGGCGCAGCCGAAUUUGGUGAACCCGCUCAUGGCUCCCAGCGGCGGCGACGCGGCAAGCGGCGCGGCGUGGUUUGGCGUGCUGGGCAUGGUCAAGAACGACCCGUGGAUGCACAUUGA